UAAAGACAAAUAUUCUAACCAUUUAAUCCAAGUUGGUUUGUUGGAAGUCCUUUAGAUAUGUAAAAAGAAUAUAAGCCCAAAAGUUCAAUUUAAUCAAAAAAAAAAAAAAAAAACUGAAAUGGCGAAACAUGAGUCUGCUCAUCGCCUCUUCCAUUGAUCGACUCCACUACUACUGCGGUGGUCUGCUACUAUGCCGCCGGGAACGAGCUUUUCGUGUGGAGCAUGCAAGUUUCUUAGAAGAAAGUGUACCAGUGAAUGUGCCUUCACUCCAUACUUUAGCUACAGCCAAGGAGCAGAUCAUUUUGCAGCCGUUCACAAGGUUUUCGGUGCCAGCAAUGUUUCCAAACUAUUAAUGAAACUCCCGUUGAAAAAUAGAAGUGAAGCUGCAUUCAGUAUAUCUUAUGAAGCUUUGGCUCGAAUGCAUGAUCCUAUUUAUGGAUGUGUAGCUCAAAUCAUUACUCUUGAAGAACAGGUGGCGAGCUUACAAGAGGAAAUAGAUCAGCUAGGAACUUAUCUGGCUUAUGCUUCAUUCGGCCAGUCAGAUUAUAUAAGUUUACAAGAAAUUCAUGAUCCAAAUACUGCGUUGCCGUUCUACUUUCAGCUUAGUGAUACAGACAUCCUUGAUCAACAAACCCCACCAUUGUCGUCUGAACUCCAAGCUUCCUGUUUCUUGCAUGGUUCGGAAUGCCAAAUCGCUCACUCUUGCAAUUUUCUGGAUCAGCCAGUGACGGGAAACGAUUGUGCUGUCUUAAACACAGAGUACCAAAGCUUGAAAUUCCAUGAAGUGUACCUCAGUGAAUCUAAUUUAUUAGCUUAAUGGUAAGAACAAUUUACCUUUAUGUAUAAACUAGUUGUAAGUUCAUCUUAUUCUGCAGAUUAUAUAUGCAAACAACUUGUAAGAUAACUUUAAAAACUUGUUUUGUCAGGAUUGCAAGCAGAAGUUGAUAUAAGAAAAAAAUGCCUAAUAUCUUUGUAUAGA